AUGCUUUGGGAAAAAAUUGGUACUCAGGAAGAAAUUGUUCCAUUUCUAGGAGGUGCUGGUCCACAUUUCUCCUACCCACUUGACUUCGGUAUUGAUAAGGCAAUCCCAGAUACCUGCGAAUUGACUCAAGUUCAAUUGUUCGCUAGACAUGGUGAAAGAUACCCAACCAAGAGUAAAGGUGCUAAGAUCUUGGAAACUUACUACAAAUUGGCAAACUACACCGGUACUUUUAACCAGUCUCUAUCUUUCUUGGACGAUGAUUAUGAAAUCUUCAUCCAGGAUACUAACAAUUUCGAAGAAGAGACCACUUUGAAGAACACCGUCAACCCUUUGAACCCUUAUACCGGUGAAAUGGAUGCUAAGAGACACAGUCAGGAAUUCUUAGCUCAAUAUGCUGACUUGUUGGAAGAGACUCCAAGCUUUGCUAUGUUCACUUCCAACUCUAAGAGAUGUCAUGACACUGCCAAGUUCUUCAUCGACGGGUUGGGUAAGGAUUACAACGUCUCCUUGCAAAUUAUUGACGAGGACCCAUCAUCUGGUUACAACACUUUAACCCCAAGAUAUGCCUGUUCCAACUUCAACGAAACCGAGAACGAUGAAUACGUUGACACUUACUCUCACAAAUAUUUGUCCAACCUUGCUAAGAGACUAAAUGAUGAGAACAUUGGUUUGAACUUGACCAAGAGUGAUGCCACUAAUCUAUUCGACUGGUGUUCUUACGAACUAAAUGCCCGUGGUUACAGUGAUAUCUGUGAUGUCUUCACUCAAGAAGAGCUUGUUCACUACUCUUACCAGGAUGAUUUGGAAAGUUACUACGAGAAUGGUAACGGUAACUCCUUGGGUGCCACAGCCGGUUCUGUUCUUUUCAACGCUUCUGCUGAAUUGUUGAGACAAAGCGACGAAUUGGAACAAAAAGUUUGGUUGAGUUUCACUCAUGACUCUGACCUUGUUAAUUAUAUUGCUGCUGUUGGCCUAUUCGACGAUGGCCACAAGCUAAACGCUUCUCAAGUUCCAUUCCGUGACCAUGUCUACCGUAAGUCAUGGAUCGUUCCUCAAGGUGCUAGAAUCUACACUCAACAAUUCAAAUGCUCUAACCAAACUUACGUCCGUUACGUUGUCAACGACGUCGUCAUUCCAAUCGAGAGCUGCUCCUCUGGUCCUGGUUUCUCUUGUCCAUCUGAUGGUUUCUUCAAGUACGUCGAGGAACGUAUCGGUGGUAUCAACUACAACGAAAAGUGUGGUCAAAACAAGGCAAGCAACGCCACUUCUCUAACCUUUUACUGGGAUUACGAGAGCAAAAACUACAACGCUAGUUUGAUCAAAAAAUGA